CCCAGCUCGGGCAAUGUUGUUUGGUUCUUCGACUCGGGUGACGACAUAAACGGCGUGGGGUUUCGUGAAAAGCAUUCAACAGAGGUAGAAGGGAAGCCUUUUGUUUGGUUGACUGCGAUGAGCCGGUGCCAGAUUUUCUCGUGAAUAGGUUUUUCCUCAUGUGAAUUACAAACGUUGACGUUGUUUUACUUCUGCUUGUGAUUCUUUUGUGGUGGUGUCGCUAUUUACCAUACUGUUCCGUGUACUGGAUGGCGAAGGGCGAUUCGUGUGCAGACGGCAGGAAGUAGGCGGCACCGUUGCCUCCCAUAAAACGGAAAAUAUUUUCUUUUCAGGAGAAGGCAGUGAGGGCUUUGCGUGACCUUCCACCCGCGCGUUCUGUCGAAUUACCACUAGCUCGUCCGUUUUUCGGAAAAUACACAGAAGCGCCCCCCCCCCUCCCCGCCCCGGAAUUCCCUUCUCUUCAGACAACUCGUAUGCAGCAUCGCUUUCCGCUUGCAGAGCUCGUGGUGCCCGUCUGCUACCUCUCAAAAGCAACCGGAAAGAUCUGGCGCCGGGUCCUCUGGGCUUUUUGAAAGAGGGAGCUGCAAACCGUAGUGUGUGUUGACUCUUCGUCGCUGCGAACUCGACCAGCGUAAGCAAUAUGAAGACGUCUUCUCGCCAUGAAGAGCAGCAACAUCGGCCCGGAUUUCGUUUCUGUCGAUUCCUAAGGGGAAUGACCCUUGCAGGAGGCGAUAGAGGAACGGGCUCGCUGUUGUUACGCUCGCUCCACCCUGGGGCUUUGACCGGCGUUGCUGCAUCCUGUGCAGAGAAGGAAGAGAAGUCUUUCCUGUCCGGUUUCCCAUCCUUUGGCUUAUUCGACAAAAACAGUUCAAAAGAUGCCGCAGCCAAAUCCAGCUCCUCCGUCUCCGCAGACGCUUCCACGCCUUCGCGGCCCGCUUCUUCAGGCGACACUGACACGAUGGAAGGCAGCAGUGAAGCCAGACCUCCGUUGUCAACCGCUGCGCUUGCACCAGGAACCUCGAUGCUCGGAUCUUCAGAAGCAGGCGAGUCGACCUCCAACCGCCUUAUCCCCUCCGAAAGCAAGGAAUUGGAUAAAACGAGGGCACCGAUUCCUGUGCCAUACGAACAGUUUUCUCGCGAAUGGAUGGCCGUGGCAGGCCAAGACAACUUCGACGGAUUCCGUCUGGAGGCUACCAAGCAGGUGAAUAAAGUGCUCACGGCGAACCACACGUUCAUGCUUGGCACUCAGUCGAAGGAGGGCGGGUGCUCUUACAGCUUCGGCCCCACGCUGGUGAUUGGAGAACCCGAUGAGGCCGCCCAGCAAGAAGGCCAGAUGCCCAACUUCUUCGGGAUGGCCCGCAUGAACUCGGACGGAUUCUUGCAGGCUCGGUUCAUCAAAGCGAUCUCAAAAACAUUUGAUAUCAAAUUCAACUCGAACUCGUCAAUCAGCGAGGACGCGAAAGACAAAUCGAUGUACGAGGUCUCCUUCGACAAAAUGGGGAGCGACUGGGCGGCAAACCUGAAACUCGCGUGGCAAGGCACUUGGAUCUUGAACGGCCUCUUCUCUCAAGUCAUCACUCCUAAGCUGCAAUUGGGAGGCGAGCUCACCUGGGUGGCUGCCACCGGCAUCUCCAUGGGAAGCGUUGGAGCUCGAUACGGAUUCAAUGAGAAUAACACUGUCACCUGCCAGAUCGGAGUUGGUCCGGACUUCAGCUCUCCAAUGGGCUUCGCGAACGAUGUGUAUUCGACGAAGGCUCAGUAUGUUCGAAAGGUUACAGAUCGCCUGUCGAUGGGGACAGAGCUCGAGUUUACCCAUCCCGAUAUGUCAUCCGCGAUGCGUGUGGGCUGGCAGUACCUUUUCCGGCAAGCGCGUGUCCAAGGCUUGGUUGACACAGCAGGUCGAGUCUCAAUGUUCGCCCAGGACUAUAACGGAUUCGGUCUGAGUGGCAUGAUCGACUACUGGCACGGCGAUUACAAGUUUGGAUUCCAGAUGAACGUGGUGCCGCCUCCGCCGCAAGCGGAACAGCCUCCUCCGAUGUAGAUAGGCUGCCCUGUCUUGAUCAUGUACUGAACAGCGAAAACACCGGGGGUUGUCGCUCAGAGUCGCACGGUUUUUGCGCUCGAUGACACUUGAGCAGAAUGCGUGAAACAUCCGCGGUUUGCGGAACACGUGCCAGCAGGGAGAAACCGAUGUAUGCUGGAACACUGGCAGUGGACUUGUGUAGAGACAAUGUGCCAUUGUUUCGGCGACAGGCCACAUGCUGUGGCAGCGAUACCCCUUUUUUGUCCUUUUGGUGCCCAUUAACUUGUCUUUCCGACUUUUACCUCGUCUCCCAUAGUCGUUCUUGCUCCGCGCUCGCGAAAAUGGUGCACCAAUAGAGCUGGCAGCUGUCUGAAGAUUGUGUGUUCGAGCAACGGAACCCGUGGGUCGCACCAGGGUGGCUAAUCUGCUGCACUAAAAGCCGAAGACAGCGUGGGUUUUCGGAGACAAGGAACAAGGGCAAGGAAGCAAAAGGGACGGGUAGCUCUGUUUUGCGACCUGGCGUGGGAGAUACUUUUCCAAUGGAGUAAAAAUCCAACCACCCUUUGCAUAAACUGACUCCGUCCGGGGGCUGUAGCCGUAUGCUGUUGCAGAGAGCCACGGCUUGAAGAGGCUGUGUCGGCGCGAAUCGAAACGUUUGUACCAUUAUCUGUUUACAGUAUAAGGCGCAUCCAAAGGCUAACUGCACUUUUGUGGGUGAAGGUCUGAAUUCGUACGGGUUCGCCUUAACAGCGCGUCGGGUUCGAGCAAGAAAAGGUCUCAAACUACUGAGAUGGAUCUUCUGGCUCUCUGCUCGCUGCGUUGAAGAUGCGAACAGAUGGCAUAUGCGAACUGCAUCUUGGACUUUGUUGUGGGUUUGUGUCACGCCUUUUCAGUGGGUGUGUAGUGUCGUGAGUCCGCCCAAGAUUUCCUGUCCGUUCUCUCACUCCUUUCUGUUAAGCUAUUUUUUCAGGAACUGUAACAGUGCCAGCUUUGAGCAACCGUGGCAAGCGCUUUUCUGACGAUGGC